CAAGAGGUAGAUAAAUCAGCGACUGCUGCUGUGAUCACUGAUGACUGUCCUCAUGCCAACAACUUGAAAGUCCCCACGUCGACUCUCCCUUGUCUGUAGUUAACAUCAGUUGUUUUAAGUGUUGCUUUUUCUGUAUUUCUUCCUAUGCAAGGCUUAGCUUUGGAGCAGAGGGAGAGAGAGGCUGGAAGGAUGGAGGAGGAGAAGAGGGAGAGAUGGGGAGGAGGGAGGAGACAUUGGCCGGUUCCCAGGGCUAUAAAAUCUUGGAGCUGAGCUUGUCGACCACCAGUCCUGGAAGGGAGGAGUAUGGGCCGUCUGCUGACUUGGUUCUGCCUGCUUUGCGGUGUACUUGGUCUUCCAUACGAAGAUGAUUUUCCACCAACUAUAGACACUAUAACUCAUUUUGCAGAGGUCAAAGAUGGCGAGUGUGUCUUUCCAUUCCAGUAUAAAAACCAAACAUUCUACGACUGCAUCAGGCUCAAGGCAAGACACAAGUGGUGCUCAUUAAACGAGACUUACGGAGGAUACUGGAAGUAUUGCACCGCGGAAGACUUUGCAAAAUGUGCGUUUCCCUUUUGGUACAGACGCAUGGUCUACUGGGCAUGUACAGAAGAUGGGAAUGCAUUUGGGCAAAAAUGGUGUUCACUGACCAAGAAUUUUAACCGGGACAGAAUUUGGAAAUAUUGUGAUUGAUGGUGAGAUUGGCUGGGGGACAGGGUGAAGAAGUGUAGUCAUCCUCAAUGGAAAGAACCUAUAGCUUUUGUUGGCAGAGGAGGAGGUAAGAUCCUCAUUAAAAGGGUUUUAUUCUGA